AUGACAAAAGUCUUCUUCGAUCUCGAUAGCGUUGAUGUUAGAUUCGGUAGAGUUACCUUCGAAUUAUACGAUGACAUUGUUCCAAAAACCGCUGAAAACUUCAGAGCUUUAUGUACUGGCGAAAAAGGUUUCGGUUACAAAGGUUCAUUUUUCCAUAGAGUCACUCCUGGAUUCAUGAUGCAAGGUGGAGAUUUCACCAAAGGUAACGGUACCGGUGGUAAGUCAAUCUAUGGUGAUAAGUUCGAUGAUGAAAGCUUUGAUAAAAAGCACGAUAGACCAGGCUUAAUAUCAAUGGUUAAUACUGGUCCAAACACCAAUGGAUCUCAAUUUUUCAUCACCCUCGUCCCAACUCCAUGGCUAGACGGUAAAAACGUUGUUUUCGGUGAAGUUGUUGAAGGCUUCGAUGUUGUUAAACAAAUUGAAUCUCACUGUGCAACCAACCCUCGUAAACUUCAGAAUAUCGUCAUUAUCGAAGCUGGUGAAUGUUAA